GCUCGUUCAUCACUAAUUUUUUUAUUUAUAAAGAAAGAUGCGCGACGAAAUUUUGGAUCCACAUAAUUUGGUAAAAAACCGGGAAAUAUUAUACCGGUUAAUGAUAAGCCAGUUAAUGUACGAUGGCUUGGAGAAAUUUGCUAUGGAGCUGUCCAUGCUGGUCAAGGCCGAUCAGUGUGCUCCAAGCGAGCGCCUGCUGCAUGUCAUGAUCUCCGGCAUGCAGUCAAUGUCUGAUAAGGAUAAGACCAACACGGAUGAUGUGCUGCCAGGUAUUGAUCUAGAAUUCGAGCCAGAAGCGUCGGCACUAGCUCCCGAGCCGCAUUCCUAUGAGACCGCUUAUGUGACGUCGCACAAGCAGGCUUGUCGUGCCGGUGCCUUCAGUUUUGAUGGAUCCUUGGUCGCCACGGGCAGUGUGGAUGCCAGUAUUAAGAUAUUGGAUGUGGAGCGCAUGUUGGCAAAAUCAGCUCCAGAGGACAUCGAGCCGGGACGCGAGCAACAGGGCCAUCCAGUUAUACGCACGCUUUACGAUCACACAGAUGAGGUGUCGUAUCUAGAGUUUCAUCCCAAAGAGCACAUUCUGGCAUCAGCAUCGCGCGAUGGCACCGUCAAACUCUUCGACAUUGCCAAACCAUCGGUGAAGAAGGCGCACAAAGUGCUUACCGAUUGCGAGCCAGUACUAUGCGUAUCCUUUCAUCCAACUGGCGACUACAUAGCAAUUGGCACAGAGCAUCAUGUGCUGCGUGUUUAUGAUGUGCAUACAACACAGUGCUUUGUUAGCGCCAUUCCAUCGCAACAGCACAAAGCGGGCGUCACCUGCGUCAAAUAUUCGCCCACAGCAAAGCUCUAUGCAACAGGCAGCUUCGAUGGCGACAUAAAAAUCUGGGAUGGCAUCAGCGGCCGUUGCAUCAAUACCAUUGCUGAGGCUCACAGUGGAGCAGCCAUUUGCUCCUUGCAGUUUACGCGAAACGGAAAGUAUUUGCUUUCAUCUGGCAUGGAUUCGAUUGUAUAUCUGUGGGAGCUUUGCACAAGUCGACCCAUACAAACAUAUACUGGCGCUGGCACCACCGGCAAGCAGGAGCAUCAAGCGGAAGCUGUAUUCAAUCACACUGAGGACUAUGUUCUGUUCCCUGAUGAGGCGACCACGUCCUUAUGCUCGUGGAACUCACGCAAUGGCUGUCGCCUCACGCUCAACUCUCUGGGUCACAACGGACCUGUGCGCUACAUAACCCAUUCACCCAAUGCGCCAGCUUUUCUCACCUGUUCCGAUGAUUUCCGUGCACGUUUCUGGUAUCGUCGUGCCAAUAAUCAAUAAUUGUUAGACUAAGAUUUUAAUAAAUAAAAGUAAGUGACAAA